AUGAGGUUCGGCGAACACCUCCAAUCGUCUAUGAUUAGGGAAUAUCACCCCUUCUACAUCGCAUACGAUCAGCUCAAGGAAGCUCUUAAGACUGAAUACGUCACCGAGCCGACCCCAGAUACUGCCAAACCACCCCGUCGGGAAUGGACCGAGGACGAUGAGAAGAACUUCGUAACCCUGCUGGAAAGCGAGUUGGAAAAAGUAUACCUAUUCCAGAAGCGCAAGAGUGAGGAAAUCGUUGAGCGAAUUAAGGAAAGCGAGGUUGAGGUCACCGAUGUCGUUGAGCGGCUUGACAACUCGGGCGCUCGCCGCCCGAGCAUCAUUCGCCCGCCCCGACCGCCGCCCACGGACGAUGACUUCUUGUUGUUGGAGCAGAUCCUCAGUGAUAUCAUUGCCGACGUUCAUGACUUGGCCAAAUUUACCCAGCUCAAUUACACGGGCUUCCAAAAGAUCAUCAAAAAGCAUGACAAAGAAACAAAAUGGUAUUUGCGACCAGUCUUUGCUGCGCGCUUGAACGCCAAGCCGUUCUUCAAGGACAACUAUGAUGCCUUCGUUGUGAAACUGUCCAAGCUUUAUGAUUUGGUCCGUACCAAGGGUAACCCCGUCAAGGGUGACUCGUCAGCCGGUGGAUCCCAACAGAACUUUGUGCGACAAACCACCAAGUACUGGGUGCACCGUGACAACAUCACGGAGUUGAAGCUGGUUGUUCUGAAGCACUUGCCGGUCUUGGUUUUCAACGCUUCCAAGGAGUUCGAGGAGAAGGAUACCGCUAUCUCCUCCAUCUACUAUGAUAAUCCUGAUACGUGGGAGCUUUAUCAAGGGCGAUUGAAGAAGACCGAAGGUGCGGAGGCUAUCCGUCUGCGUUGGUACGGAGGCAUGGAAAGUGAUCAGAUCUUUGUGGAACGCAAGACCCAUCGCGAGGACUGGACUGGUGAGAAAUCCGUCAAGGCAAGAUUUUCGCUGAAGGAGAAGAAUGUCAAUGCUUUCCUAGACGGACGUAUGACCGUCGAGGAAGUCUUCGAUAAGAUGCGCAAAGAGGGCAAGAAGAGUCAACAAGAGAUUGAUGACCUUGAGCAAUUGGCCCGGGAAAUCCAGUACCGUGUCAUCACCCGUCGCUUGGUGCCUGUCACGCGUACCUUCUACCACCGAACUGCCUUCCAGCUGCCUGGUGACGCCCGUGUGCGUAUCUCGCUGGACACUGAGCUGACUAUGAUUCGUGAGGACAACCUAGACGGUCGGCCUCGGGCUGGAAGCAACUGGCGCCGUAUGGAUAUUGGAGUGGAUUUCCCCUUCUCUCAGCUGCCCCCAGAGGAUAUUGACCGUUUCCCCUAUGCCGUGCUGGAGGUGAAGCUGCAGACCCAGGCUGGCCAGGAGCCGCCUCAGUGGAUCCGAGACUUGACUGCCAGUCACCUAGUGGAGGCUGUUCCCAAGUUCUCCAAGUUCAUUCACGGCACUGCCACCCUUUUCCCCACACGCAUUAACCUAUUGCCCUUCUGGUACCCCCAGAUGGAUGUCGACAUCCGCAAGCCUGUUAAUCAGCGCUAUGGUAUCCAGCGGCCCUUGGCCAGCACUUCCAUGUCUGCAAACGAUGAGGAUUCCGACGAGGAGUCGCCCGACACACCUGAUGCCCCGGCUAAUGGUUUCUCUCGGGCUGGCGAUGAUCGCCUCCUGUUUGUCGAGACCAACGGCAAUGAGUUGGACAUUGAGGAGCGUAUUGCUGCGCAGCCAUUGGCCGGAGAGGAGGAUUACCCGCUCUACGAUUCCGAUGACGAAGCAUAUGAUGAAAAUGAGCUUGAAGAGGCCCGCCGCGUUGGAGGUGCUUAUUAUGCCGAGCAACUGGCUAUUCAUUAUCUUCGCAAGACGGGGCAAUGCGUCUGGGCAGGCCUGAAGGCAAUCAUCCCUCGCCCACGACCAACAUCCAUGCCUCCACAAGAGCAGCGUGGCAUUGCAGUGCUACAGGGUACCCGCCGGACUAUGCAGCGGUUCCAGGCACCCCCUGGCAAACGUAUCUUCGUUCCUGUCCGUGUUGAGCCAAAAGUUUACUUCGCUGCCGAGCGUACCUUCUUGUCCUGGCUGGAGUUUUCCAUCAUUCUCGGUGGUAUUGCUGCUACCCUCUUAAACUUCGGAGUCGACUCGAUCACCCUCGCCUCGUCCUGGGCAUUCACAAUCCUGGCUGCUAUGGCUUUAGUAUACAGUCUGGUGCUUUACCUCUGGCGUGUGGACAAGAUCCGCAAGCGCCGUGAUGUCAAGCGUGUGUACUAUGAACGAUGGGGACCCACUAUUCUCAGCCUGGGUCUUGUUGCGAUUGUUCUAACGAACUUUGGAUUCCGCAUUAGCGCUGGCGGUUUUAUGGCUGGUGGUGAUCAGAAGCCCCGUCAUGGUGAGCUGUAA